UGUAGCAUCCCCAAAGAUGCCCCAUUGAUUCCUGAGUGCAGCUGAAGCCAGAGAGCCCUGGCCACAUCCGACCACCUGCAGAGACUGGGUGCGGACUGGAGUUGGUGGGUGAGCUGUCAGAACAGGAGCAUAAAGACGGCUCACAGAAUACCGGCUCAACUAAGCCAAGUACUUAUUCAGGAUGACACAGCAAAGCCCCAGGCCAUGGCUAACAGGACCUGGAGCUUCCUCCUGCCUGAACAGCUCCUUCGCCAAGACCUGGGCAGUCUGAACUUAGAAGAACGCAAGCCGUGGGCAGGAGCAAACAUCAAAGAAUCCAGCGCCUUGGGGGAAACGGUUCUGCUCCGCGAGGGAAACAGAGCCGUUGAUCAUGGUUGCAACGGGCAGUUUGAGCAGUAAGAACCCGGCCAGCAUUUCAGAGUUGCUGGACGGUGGCUAUCACCCUGGGAGUCUGCUAAGUGAUUUCGACUACUGGGAUUAUGUUGUCCCUGAGCCCAACCUCAACGAGGUGGUAUUUGAAGAGACCACGUGCCAGAAUUUGGUUAAGAUGUUGGAAAACUGUCUAUCCAAAUCAAAGCAAACCAAACUGGGUUGCUCCAAGGUCUUGGUCCCUGAGAAACUGACCCAGAGAAUUGCUCAAGAUGUCCUGCGGCUCUCCUCCACGGAGCCCUGCGGCCUUCGGGGUUGUGUGAUGCACGUGAACUUGGAAAUUGAAAAUGUAUGUAAAAAGCUCGAUCGGAUCGUAUGUGAUGCUAGCGUGGUACCCACCUUCGAGCUGACACUCGUGUUCAAGCAGGAGAACUGCUCGUGGACCAGCCUCAGGGACUUCUUCUUCAGCAGAGGUCGCUUCUCGCCGGGCCUUAGGCGAACUCUGAUCCUAAGCUCGGGAUUUCGGCUCGUUAAGAAAAAACUGUACUCUCUGAUUGGAACGACGGUCAUUGAAGAGUGUUAAGGAGGAAAAGCAAUUAAAGGUUCCUAAUGAGUGGAUAAUAAACCUCUAAAGCUAUUCAGUCAGUCAUUUGUGGUUUGCCUGCCUGCCCUCACCAAGAACUCCCAGAUCUAGGCCAUCUUCCUUCUGUGUCUCUCGCCCAUAGCAACCUACUUCAAAGGCUGAUUUUUUUUUUUUUUUUUUGGCUUUUAAGACAUAAUCCAAGAGAGCAAAUUGUCCACAUAAGUGUCCGUAUAGAAUGGGAUGGAAUAAGGAAGAAAAAGAAGCAAGGCACUGCAAUUUUAUAUUCGGUCUCAAAUUUAACAGGUAGUCUGGGUAACAGAAAAAGACACACUUGACCUAAUUCGGCUCUCAUUUGCCUAGGGCUUCUUGUUGUUGCUCUCUCUCUCUCUCUCUCUCUCUCUCUCUCUCUCUCUCUCUCUCCCUCCCUCCUCUCAGAGUGAUCUUCUCAAUGACAGCAUCUUACCAGAUGAUGUCCAGCCCAUCAAAAUAUCCAGAGAUCCAAACCACCAGCUCCCUACUCGAAUUUGAAGAGGUCUUACACAAGAGGGCACAGUUAAAUCGACGGGCUUAAUUAAAAUGUCACCUUUUUAAUUAAGAGUGAAUAAAUAUCACAGUAACAAGAGCAUGGCCUCCCUGCUUGGUGUUCUCCCAACACCCGUGCCCAAGAGACAAACAGUUUCCGUGGUAUUUUAAUGAUUACGGCACUACUUCCAGUGUCUUUGGAGGAUCACAUCAGCUCAGUUUUCCUAGUUCUCAGCUGUUGAAUGUUGUCAUAUCUUCUUUAGCUAGAGAAAGAGAAAUGGCACACAGGCCUUUUUGGCAUGUCGUUGAUGUGGCUGAGCAAACAGUGAUUUUUCAUCUAUGAAGAUGGAGAAGGGGAAGCUCAGAUCCCACCCUGGGUCGCGUCCACUUGAUAACAUUGCUGCUUUAUGCCAUUAAGAUUCUCUGUCCCUAGCGAAGCAUCUCACCCCAUCAUGGUGGCUCAUCUCCGGCAUCUUCUCGGAACCGGACCACCUUUCACUAACUUCGCACUUCUUAAUUGUCGAUGUGUUUAUAUUUGCAGAACCCGAUUUGACUUUGAGAUGUUGCUGCUGCUAAAGAUAUGAAAAUCCUUUAAUAACUUAAGACAACCACUGCACACACCCAGCCUCAGCCCACCUUACAUGCCCACUCCUAGGAAACAAUAAAUGCUUCAUUCGGUUGGCUUUU